UUCUGCGGUUUUCUUAUUCCCAUCGUCUUUCUCUCCGGCUUCGUCACGCUUAUCUCACACCUAUUCUUCUUCUCCGAGAUUUCUCUCCAUCGAUCCCUCACAACAUUAGCGUUUGCUUUCGAUUCCACAACCUUGAAUCCCAACUCAAAAUCUCCGACGCUUUCUUCAAUUCAACAAAGUAACAUAAGAUAUAUCUGCUUCCCUCUCUCUCAUCAGAUCUAAAAAUCCACAUUCAACAAUGGUAUCCGCCAGAUUGGGAAUGCUCCACUACGUAAUCGACCACGUCUACGGAGCCUUCAUGCACCGCACGAGGAUAACCCCUCCCUUCUUCUCCCGAGGCUGGGGCGGUCCCAAGCUCGAGCUCCUCGAGCGGAUGGCUAAACAGCUCUUCCCUAUGUACGUCGAAGGUCACAACUGGCCGCCGCCGUUGGUGCGUCCCGUGUGGAGGACGGUCUGGGAGACGAAGACCGCUCGUCUCAGAGAAGGCGUUUUCCAGACUCCGUGUGACGACGAGCUUACCGCUGCUCUGCCUCCCGAGUCUCGCACGGCGAGAGUUGCUUGGCUUGUUCCUAAAAACGUUCCUCCUCAGAAGAUGUCUUGUGUCGUUCAUCUUGCAGGCACAGGGGAUCAUACAUAUGACAGGAGAUUGCGUUUGGGUGGACCUUUGGUGAAGCAAAACAUUGCAACAAUGGUGCUGGAAAGCCCUUUAUAUGGCCGAAGGCGUCCGUUUCUGCAGCGUGGAGCGAGGCUUCUCUGUGUUAGCGAUCUUCUUUUACUUGGGAGGGCAACGAUUGAUGAGUCCCGCAGCCUUCUUCACUGGCUAGACACCGAGGAAGGCUUUGGAAAGAUGGGUGUUUGUGGGCUUAGUAUGGGAGGAGUACAUGCUUCGAUGGUUGGAUCGCUUCAUCCAACACCAGUUGCAACACUUCCUUUCUUGUCUCCGCACUCUGCAGUUGUUGCAUUCUGCGAAGGAAUACUAAAGUAUGGAACGGCUUGGGAGGCAUUGAGGGAAGAACUUGCAGCGCAGCAGAUAACAAUGACUCUUGAUGAAGUCAGAGAGAAGAUGAGAACUGUGCUCUCCCUCACAGAUGUCACUCGCUUCCCUGUCCCUAAAAACCCUGAUGCUGUUAUCUUUGUUGCUGCAACUGAUGAUGGAUACAUACCGAAGCACUCUGUGUUGGAGCUUCAAAAGGCGUGGCCUGGUUCAGAAGUGAGAUGGGUCACAGGUGGACACGUCUCCUCCUUUAUCCUCCACAACGAUGCGUUUCGCAGGGCAAUAGUGGACGGUCUCGAUAGAGUAGAGUGGAAGGAGUCAUGGUGACCCAACAUAACACAACUCCGUUAUAACUCAAAGAGAAGGAGUCUUCACGUAUAUGUCUUAAAUCUCCUCCUCUUGUUGUUGUUGUUGUUGUUGUAUCAUUUGUUCUUUUUAACAUUCUUUUCGCUUUCAAAAGUGGUGAGGAUAUCUAAUAUCCACUUGAUUUGGCCGUUGUAUUGUUUCUGUCUCGACACACACAGCAACAGUUUCAGGGAACUUCACUUAUUACAUUCCAUUGUUAACUCAUA